AUUCAUGAUGAAGAUGAGAUUCAUCACCAAAAAUGUUUACUACCAAAAUUUCUUAUCCAUUUCCAAAAACAAUUUCCUAAUCCACUUUUGUGUGCUGUAAAACCAAUAAAUUUUAAAAAAGAGGCUUAUUUUCCACGUUCGUAAGAGAGAUACAAGGAGAUGUGUAUGGAUUGACGUAUAUAAUUUCUGCGUUUGCGGUUUGCAUUUAAAGUUUUUAUCCAUCAGCAAAUAAAAAACAGAUAAACCAAAUAUAAACCAAAUGCUUCGAUAUUUUGAUAUUUACGAUAAUAAUAGUUGUAUGUUUUCAGUGUCUAUCAUCGAACUUGUGCAGCUAUGAUUUUCCAUACAAUUGCAGUUUUAAGGAUAAAAAAUGAUGCGUUUUGUUGUCAUCUUGUGGUUGAUGCUGACCGUGACUCUUAAAUGUGCCGUUAAAUGGGGAUGGAACAAAAAGUUUGAAUUUUGUGAAGAUAAAUGGAAUGUGUUUGUUCAAGAAAAAAAUAUAUCGGAAGAAAGGUGCGGAAAUUUGUCUUUAACUAAUGGUUGUAUCGAAGAGAAAAAUUAUCUUUUGGAACGAUUCAGGAUGUUCAGUGAAAUUUGUCCACUUGAAGGUAAAUGUUGGUGUGCAAAGAAUGUCGUGAACAAGAUGGUCGAAUGGGGGAAACGAGUAGCAAUUAUAUCUUGGAGUGAACCGGAAAACUUCACUUGUCCUCAUAAAUACAUAAAAGAAGGAGAGGAAAAGUCGAACAUUAGUUCUCCACAGUCGUUCUUAAUAGGACAGCACAAAAUUCCGUACAAGCACUUUCUGUAUGGUGGAAAAACUUCAACAUGCUAUGUUCAUAUUAACGUUACAUUUGCUUGCAGCUUUUUCGACGACAACGAUCAAACACUUAAUGUUACUGUCGGACAACAACUAACAAUAGAUUGUCCACCUCAUGGCUACACCAAGUGUGCCAUUUACAAAUGGGGUGGACUCACUGUUUUGGGGACAUGGCUCUUUUCCAACGUCGAGAACGCAUUGGUCAUGGGAGAUGGUAGACUGUUUUUUUCUCACGUCACCAAAGCUAAUCUAGCAUUCAUUCAACAAAUGCGUGGCAUAAGAUGCCUGAUCAAAGCCAAGGGAGACGGCUCAAGCUUUAACUAUCAAAAGUCUGGAGUUUUUAGAUUCAAAAUUACAGGAGAGAACAUCACCUCGUUUGGUCCUGACGUUCAAAAAAUCCCAAACCAAGAAGUUGCCCGGGGAGAUAUAGUAAAAUUAAGAUGUGUUGCCGCUGGAUAUUUUCCCAGCCCAAAUCCAAAAGCACGCCAUAUCUUCGUGCCAAACCACUUUCCUUUGACAAUUGUCCAACUCCCAAAGUAUCGUUGGGAGAAGACGGAUUUGCAGGGUAAAAAGAGCCAAGUGUUUCAUCAAAUUGACGGCGUCGCUCUUUUAGAAUACAACAGAGUAUUGUUGAUUGAAAACGUGAAGUCUCGCAACGCGGGAAUUUACACGUGUCACGUGACCAUUGACAAAAAUAAUAUCAAGAGAACUGCGUCAGAGGAAACAAAAAUUGUCGUUAGAGAUCCGCCCCUGAUGGCAACUCGCUCAACUUCUCUUUCCUUCAUAACGACAGCACCUAUGGUGGCCCCACAAUCGUUCAGGCAUAAGGAAAUUGGAUCCGACUACGUUUUGCUGGAAUGGGAAGGAGUUCAUUCCGGGCCGAUCGAGGGAUACAAGCUAAGCUAUUGGUACGAAGACGGGAGUAAGACACGCGUAAAACGCGCGGUUAGUUCGUGUGUGGGAGAAAAGAACGCGUGCGUAACCUUUAUCAAAAACGUAAUGACGACCCAAUACAGACAGGGAGACUUGCAACCAUUUAAGAACUACACCAUGUACUUGCAAGCUUACAACCAAAUUGGCCCGGGACCAAAAAGUAAUCAUAUUAAAGUGUCCACAAGGAAGGAAAACCCGGGUGGUACAUGA